UUGUGUGAAGCGGGUGAUCAGUAGAUAACGUGAACUAUCUCGCCUAAAAAGAAACACCAGAACUAAUGCAAGAAUGGAGCUCACUUACAAAAGCACACUCUAACCCAAGUGCCAAUGAUGCGUUUGAUCUUGGAGAUGAGAUAAGAAGGGAUAUGCGAGCAACAUUUCAGUAACUACUAGAAGGACCAAAAUGGCAAGUGACGUAUGCAGCCACGUGAAGGUGGUUGUUCGAGUGAGGCCAAUUAACGAGAAGGAGAAGCAGGAAAACUGUCGAAAUGUGGUUCAGGUUGUUGACAACCACAUGCUCAUAUUUGACCCCAAGGAACUGGAUACAUCAUGUUUUGGGUCGCAAAGAGUGCGAAACAGAAACGUCAACAAGAAGGCUAACAAAGACCUCAAGUUUGUUUUUGACCACGUCUUCGGCGAGAACUCUACCCAAGUUGAAAUCUUUGAGAGCACCACUAAAGGAAUAUUGGACGGUUUGAUGAACGGAUAUAACUGCACAGUGUUUGCCUACGGUGCCACUGGAGCAGGCAAGACGCAUACUAUGUUGGGCUCCCCAAAUGAUCCUGGUGUCAUGUACCGCACCAUGACAGAGCUGUUCAGCCGCAUGGACGAGGCCAAGGAGGAGAAAGAGUUCGCAGUUGCGUUCUCGUAUCUAGAGGUUUACAAUGAACAGAUCCGAGACUUGUUGGCGAAUGCCGGCCCACUUGCGGUCAGAGAGGACAGCUCUAAAGGAGUCGUUGUUCAGGGCCUCACGCUGCAUCAGCCCAAAUCUGCAGAGCACAUUCUUGAGGCGUUGGAUUCUGGCAACCGCAACAGGACCCAGCACCCCACUGAAAUGAAUGCCACCUCUUCCCGGUCCCAUGCUGUAUUUCAGAUAUAUUUAAGACAGCAGGACAAAACCGCCAGCCUCAAUCCCAAUGCCUGCGUCGCCAAGAUGAGCCUGAUCGAUCUGGCCGGCUCGGAGAGGGCCAGCGCCACCAACGCCAAAGGUGCUCGUCUUCGGGAAGGCGCUAACAUCAAUCGCUCACUUCUUGCCCUAGGAAAUGUUAUCAAUGCACUUGCUGACCCAAAGAGUAAGAAAACUCAUAUACCGUACAGGGACAGCAAGCUGACGCGACUACUUAAGGACUCCUUGGGGGGCAACUGCAGAACGGUUAUGAUUGCCAAUGUCAGCCCCUCGUCCAAGUCAUACGAUGACACCCAUAAUGCACUGAAGUAUGCCAACAGGGCCAAGGAAAUUAAGUCCUCGCUGAAAAGUAAUGUUGUGAGCCUGAACAGCCACAUUGGCCAGUAUGCAGUGGUAUGUGAAAAGCAACGGCAAGAGAUUCUACAGUUGAAGAAGAAAUUGCAGGAACAUGAGAAGAACGCGGUGCAUGGGGCUUCUAACAUGAUCACAUCUCAGAAACAGGCAGAGUUCAAAAGGGUGUCGGAAGCUCUGCAGCAAAUCUUCUCGGGCCGAGCCCAAAUCAGGAAAGAGCAGCUGGAUCUGGAGAGACAACUGAAGGAGAAUGAGCUGCGCCAGCGCUACACUGAGGAGGACAACCUGCAGGUCCAAUGUUUCUGUGCCAGAGAAAAGACUGAGAAGGCCACUUGCAAGCACGAGCGGAAGAUUGCCAGCUUACGCACUCAGCAGCAACACAUUCGCAAACGACUGAAUGAGACACAAACACGUUUCCUGGACAAUGACGGCUUGCUUCAUCGUGUCGAGAAUGACAUUAAGCUGCUAAAGUCGGAUGAUCAGACCUCAGAGCUUUUAGAUAAGAGCCUACAUUGUCACCGACUGGAGCUGCAGGUUAAUGACCUCAAACAACACAUCAAGCAAAUGGUCGAGCUGACCGCACUGCAGGAUCAGGAGAACAAGCGCAUGCAGAAAAUGAUGAACAUCGUGUUGCCGGCUUACAGUCGUAACUACUCCGCGUUGCGGGCUGCCGGGGAGGUCACGCCCGCAGACGAGAUGGAGAACCAGGAACUGGAGCAGGUUGUGUUGAGGGAGCGAGGUGUGGUCUGGGCUGACCAGGAGGGGCUGGGGGAGCCGCUGAAAGGAGCAGGGGUUAGAGAGGGGGCGCUGAAGGCGAACGAGGCGGACCGCAGCGAGUUGGCACCUGUCCUGUGUUUCUCCAAUCUGCUGUACCACCAGAAUAGCCCCUGCAGUGCGGAGGGCCGUACGAGGAGAACAUCACUGUGCAAUGCUGCUCCGUCACCCAAAGUUGAAGGAAAACCGACAAAUACAAAACUGGAACCACCUCCCAGAAUGCUAAUCCGAAGAAACUUGUCUGCGUCACUGGCACCGCAAAGCCCCCGGCCCCCGGAAGUGCUUGAGGACGACAUGUUCGCUCUCCAGUACACACCUGAACCGUCGCAAAAACCGGUUUGGGCCCCGCCCCAGAGCUCUGCCAGCGACAUGGACCCCAACAUGACAUUUGAGGUUCUGGACAAUGCAGAAGAAACUGCAAGUAAUGCAACGAUUAUAAUCCGCAUCGGGAGUCCCUGUCGAGCAUCAACGGACGUCUCGGAUCCAGGCCAACCUCUGCAUCUCCCCGAGGCCAGUGAGGGGAACCGGGUUCCUACUAAAAAAUCACAGAUCUCGUCUCUACAAGACUUGAGACGGACCAACCCGACCUACAUGGACCUGACCUCCGCCGCCAAAGGAAAGCGCAAAGUUAACUGCAGCAUCCAAGAACCGUCGACACCGGUUGCGUCUGCUCCAAAGCGCAUAAAGAAGGACCCCUCAGUGGCCAGCAGACCACUCAGAGUGCAUCGUUUUGCCGGUCCAGAGGAGAACAAGCCUCGAAGAGUACUGAGGAGCGUGUCUGAAGGAAAUCUUCUCGAACCUCAGAAAUCAAAGUCCUUUUUCUAUAAAACCUCCCAACAUUUAAAACGAGUGACCAAACGAAUGUGAAGCAACAUUGUGUUUGAAUGUCUCCAUUUUGUCUUCAUGAACAUUCUGCCUCUCAUCCUUUUUCCAACCGUUCUCAUAUCAGUCAGGUGUUCCAUUGUGAGGGUUUCUCCUGCAGAAAAGAAAAAGUAAUAAGACGAAAUGUAUUAUAAGUUGCACUGUUUAGUUUUUUUCUUUGACACAGCCUCACACUGAAGGGAAAUUUUACUUGACUUGUAUAUAACAAUUGUGUCGGACUUCUGUGUAGUUUAAGGAUGUUUUUGUUUUUAGAAUUUCUAAUUUUUCCUUUAAAUGUUUGCAUUGAAACACUCCUUUUCACACUAACAGCAAAAAUAAAUAGGGCUGUUUAAUAGCUCUACGUUGAGCUAUUUGUAUUUUAAUGGUUUUUUAUAAUCCUGUACAGUUCGUAACAUGGGGGCGGUAGACUCAUAAUAAAAAGUGCUUGUAACAAAA